CCUCCACAUCACAUUCUACACAAAAUCCUAGCUAGAAGUAAACAAAAGUUUAUUGUACCCCAAAAACCUUUUUUUUUUUUUUUUUUUCAUUUGCAGUUUAGUACUUAAUUUGUAGAUAAUAUUGGAAUUACAAUGGCAAGCUCUUCAGUAGUGAAGUUGGUUGUUUGUUUGGCCGUGGUCGUUGGUGCCCCUUUGGCUGAGGCCAUAACUUGUGGACAAGUGUCGAGCAGCGUGGCGCCGUGCAUUAACUAUCUCAAGGUCGGUGGGGCGGUCCCAGCGGCGUGCUGCAACGGGGUUAGGUCUCUAAACAGCGCGGCCAAGACCACGGCGGACCGCCAGGCGGCAUGCAAUUGCCUCAAGACAGCCUCUGCUUCCAUCAAGGGAAUCAACCUGAGCCUCGCCGCCGGACUUCCCGGCAAGUGUGGCGUCAGCGUUCCUUACAAGAUUAGCCCCUCCACCAACUGCAACAGCGUGAAGUGAGAUGGAUGAGGUGGAUGUUGAUCAUCAACUAUAUAUGGAUACAUAUAUAAGGAUACUAAGAUAUUAUAUAGUAGAGUAUAUAUAUGACAAUAAAGUGUGCGGGCGAUUAUGCAUCCGUACAUGCAUGUAUGUGGCUCCUCCUUAUGUACGGAGUCCGUAUAUUUGCUGUAAUUUCAUGUAUUCUCUAUGAGUAAUGAAGUUAUUAGCUUGCCUUUAUGAUAGUUAUACUACUUUUACA